GUCAUCUUUCCACUCACACCCACCUCUGUCUCCAAACACUAGUAGCAGGAAAAACAAAAUGCUUCGCCUUCCCCGGAUGUUUUUAUCUCCCCGCCUGCACCUACUUUCGAUUUCUAUAGAUUAAACAAUUCAUGUGGCGACCAGACGCCGAAUUGUCAAUUCGCGUUUCGUAGGCCAUCCCUAGAACUGUACACAAAAGACUAUCUUCUGCCUCGCUUCCGUGUGGCGUGUGCAUCUCUCUCUCUCUCCUUGGGCUAUAUAACUCGAAAUUCAGCAACAUCUACAUACAUCGGCCCAGUCACCCAAAAAAAAAUCUUGAUAACUCGGAAUCCGGUGAAUAUCCUGCUUCCUAAAUAUCGGGCUGCUGUCAAGUUUGAUCAUUUUCCCAUUUCUGAUUCUGGGUCUGACUUGGUUUGAUUUUCGAGAGCUUGCUAUCUGGGAUUUUGUAUGUGUUUAUAGCUUUUUGAUUGGGUAGCUUCUUUCCCCUAUUUGGAAUAGAUCAUUAUCUGUUGCGUGUAGCGAUUCAAUUAUCUGGUCUUGGAUAAUUUCUUCUGGGGUAUUUAUCUUCUUCGUUAUAAAGGCGUUUCUAGGCUCCAACAAUCGCACUUCCCUGCUCCAAUUGGUUUCACAUAUCUUGCAGGCUGAGCCUUUGUCAAAAUUCAGGUUGGAUUUUCGAUAUCGUAGUAAGAGAUAAAGAAAGAUGACGAUUGGGAACAACACAGCUCCUAAGAAAGAAAGGAAAUCUAGUAAAAAGGGGAAGCAGGUUGAUGAGAAUGCUCCCUUGCUUCCGAAAACGCACGAUGAGGAUGGGGGUUUUGAUGAGUUCAAUGGAGCUUCUUUCACGGGGGCUGUGUUCAAUUUGUCAACAACCAUUGUUGGUGCCGGGAUCAUGGCUCUGCCCGCCACUAUGAAGGUGUUGGGGCUUGUACUUGGGGUUGCCAUGAUCAUCUUUAUGGCGUUCUUGACAGAAGCUUCAAUUGAAUUGUUGCUUAGGUUUAGCCGGGUAUCCAAGAGUUCAUCUUAUGGUGGACUUAUGGGGGACGCCUUUGGAAAAGUUGGGAAAAAUUUGUUGCAAAUUGCUGUCAUGAUCAACAACAUAGGUGUACUCAUUGUGUACAUGAUAAUCAUCGGUGAUGUGCUGUCUGGAACAACUGCUGAUGGAAUUCAUCACCCGGGUGUUCUUGAAGGGUGGUUUGGAGUACAUUUGUGGAAUGGACGCACUGCUGUACUACUUGUCGCUACAUUGGGCAUAUUUUCUCCCUUGGCCUGUCUAAAGCGACUUGACUCUUUAAGCUAUACAUCAGCACUCUCAGUUGCGCUUGCAGUAGUAUUCAUUGUCAUCACCAUGGGGAUUACAAUUGUGAAGUUGAUAAAUGGUAGCAUAAUGAUGCCCAGAUUGCUCCCUGAUGUUACAAAUCUGGCUUCGUUCUGGAACAUCUUCACAGUUGUUCCUGUUCUUGUCACUGCAUACAUUUGCCACUACAACGUUCACAGCAUAGACAAUGAGCUUGAGGAUUCGACUCAGAUAAAGCCAGUGGUGCGAACAUCACUCGCCUUAUGUUCAUCCGUAUAUGUUAUGACGAGUGUUUUCGGCUUCCUUCUAUUCGGCGAUUCUACAAUGGACGAUGUGCUGGCCAACUUCAACACUGACCUUGGCAUUCCUUAUAGCUCAUUUUUCAAUGAUGUUAUUCGUGUCAGUUAUGCCGCACAUUUGAUGCUUGUGUUUCCGAUUGUUUUCCAUCCGCUGAGGCUGAACUUGGAUGGCCUCCUGUUCCCCUCUUCAAGGCCUUUGAACCAGGAUAAUUUUCGGUUUGCAUCUCUCACCAUCGCUCUCAUCUCGGUCAUCUUCUUGGGUGCAAAUUUUAUCCCGAGCAUCUGGGAUGCUUUCCAGUUCACUGGAGCUACAGCUGCUGUUUGCAUUGGGUUCAUUUUCCCAGCUUCCCUUACUCUCAGGGACCGCCAUUAUAUAGCAACGUCGAAGGACAAGAUGCUGUGUGUAUUCAUGAUUGUGCUAGCAGUGUUGUCGAAUGGAGUGGCAAUAUACAGUGAUGCAUAUGCGUUGAUUAAGAAGAACUCGUCUCCUAUUGCAUGAGAUUAAAAAAAAAACUUGGAAUCAUGUCCCUGUGUGUGUUGUUAAAUUAAGAAUGUGUCAAGAACCCUGAUUUUGUUUUAGGGAGUUGUAUUCUUGUACAAAAAGGCGUGCAAUGAAGAGUGGUGAUCCUUCGAUCACCUUAGCAUCGAGGGCUGAACUUUCGUCAUAAACCUUGCUCUGGUGUUGUGUAAUAUCUUCGUGUUGGCUUUGCAUGCUGCUUUGGUUUAUACAUCCAGUACUGUGAUCCCAGAUUGUACCCUGAAGGAAGCUGUAAUAUAUACUUUGUGCUGUCUUGUUCUCAACUUCUCAUCUCUUUUUCGCUGCUCAU